UUUUGUAUUUACAAUUAGGAUGAGAAGUAUUACUAUGUUAAUGAACAAGACCCAUGUUACUUAUGUAACAUUUUUCAUGCUCUCACUAAUCUUAGCAACUACGAUUGCUUCAUCCAUUACAUCUAGAGAUGUUAGGCGUCCUGUGAUUUUCAAAAAUGAGAUAGAUAUUCAGCAUAUUGAGAAAACUGAAGAAAAGUUUGUGCCUCAAACAAAAUCAGAUAAAUUUAAGGGUUUGUUAUCAAAAAAGGUUAUUAGUGAAAUUGGAUCGCAUCCUCCAAGUUGCGUAAAUGGUUGUGAUAAUUGUACUCCUUGUACACCUACCCUUGUGUCAGGCUCGCCACAAGAAGAAUCGUGGAAAUGCAAAUGCGGUGAUAAGUUAUAUGAUCCACCCAAAAAAUAAUUAUCAU